AUGCUGCCCGUUGUUUGUUUAGUGUUCUUCCUGGCAGGUUCAGGUCAGGCCCAGAGUCAGCGUCGGACCCCCAGGCAGGACAGCUCAGCCACGCCGUGGCGGCAAGUGAUCCAAUGGGAGAACAACGGUCGUGUAUUCAGCCUGCUCAACAGUGGGUCUGAAUAUGUUCCAGUUGGGACAGAUGCCCAAGACCGAGAUCACAGGAUAGUGGUCGCCGACACCCGCCCUCAGUCUUCCCGAAGACCCCAAGGUGGGAACGUCCGCAGGCAGGCGCCUUCACGGGGAUCUUCUGAGACUAUCCGGGGGCAGGCCAGGCAUCCUUUUGGUUUUGGGCAAGUACCUGAUAACUGGAGGCAAACAUCAAGCUCCACAGGUGGGAUUCCCUUCCAGAGGGCCUCCGGUACUCGGACCAGACAAUCCACUGGCUCCUCAUCUUACCCUUCAUCUCCUUAUAGCAUUCCAUCCUACCCUCAGUAUCCCAUUCCUCAACAGCCCGUCUACCAACCUGUGCCCUUUGAGCCUAGUUAUGCAGAGGGCCCAUACAGGAGCUAUGAACCACCAUUUCAGCCAGUUCCUGGUGGGAGCUAUAGCGGCGGAGCUUAUGCCGGCGGACAGGGGUUUACCGGUGGGGGGUACGGUGUGGCUCCUAUACUGCCCCCCUCACAACCUGAAUUCACUGAUGAUGGUUACCAGUUCUAUCAGUCUUAUAGUUACGGAGCGAGCCCUGCAGUCCCCCCACAGGCGCAGCCACCAUUCUCAGAUGGACUGGACCGCAGAUACACUCACAGUCUCUACAACGAGGACUCUGCCGCCUCCGUCCCAGAUAGCAGAGUGGACCGGACAAGCCAAGAUGAACAAGCACCGGUACGGAGUCCACAGUAUGAGCAAUUCCCACCGUUUGCAAGACCGCAGCCUCCCUUCCUGCAGCCUGUUCCAUCUGGCAGAAACUCUCCAAACUCUGCCAUUGAGCAAACCAAUGUUGGGGGCAUAUACCAACAAGAGCAAAGAGGUUUGCCUGACCUGGUUCCAGAUGCUAACUAUGUCCAGGCUUCAACAUACAUUCAGAGAGCUCGCAUGUACUCACUGCGCUGUGCUGCUGAGGAAAAGUGCUUAUCAAGUUCAGCAUACGCACCGGAGACCACCGACUAUGAUGUACGAGUUCUACUGCGGUUCCCACAGAGAGUGAAGAACAAGGGCACUGCUGACUUCAUGCCCAAUAGGCCACAUCAUACAUGGGAGUGGCACAGCUGCCAUCAGCACUAUCACAGCAUGGAUGAGUUCAGCCACUACGACCUGUUGGAGGUCAGCACUGGCCGAAAAGUGGCCGAAGGACACAAGGCCAGUUUCUGUCUGGAGGACACCACGUGCGACUUUGGACACCUGAAGCGUUAUGCCUGCACUUCGCACACUCAGGGUUUGAGCCCAGGUUGCUACGAUACUUACAACGCUGAUAUUGACUGUCAAUGGAUUGACAUCACUGACAUCAAGCCUGGAAAUUACAUACUAAAGCUCAAAGUGAAUCCCAAAUUCCUGGUGAUGGAAUCUGAUUUUACCAACAAUGUGGUCAGGUGUAACAUCCACUACACAGGACGUUCUGUUACGACAACUAAAUGCCAGCUCGCACAGUAA